GUUGAGUGUAGUGUAGUUUAUUUUUUCAUCCAAACACAGAGCGAGGAGCUCAUCCAUAAGCAUGCAAAGCGUGCAGUUAAUUUUUGUGAUAGGUUGCAUUUUCUUCGGCAACACUUUGGCGGUACCACGAGGUUACCCAAAAGGAGGACCCCCACCACCGAAACCGCCAUCGCCACCUAGUGGGGGUUAUUCGUAUCCACCACCAAACGGUGGCGGUUCUUUUGGUGGAGGCGGUGGUGGUGGUGGCGGUGCACCAGGUGCAGGCUCUGAUAUACCUAUUAUCAAGCUGGAAUCUAAAGUCAAUAUUGAUGGUUCAUACCAAUAUGAAUACGAAACCGGCAACGGUAUAAAUGCGCAGGAGUCUGGUUAUGUGAAAAACGCUGACGAUCCAUGUAAUGCAGUUUUAACAGCCGAAGGAUCCUUUUCAUAUACUAGCCCUGAGGGCCAGGCCUUCCUGGUGACCUAUACUGCCGAUGAGAAUGGGUUUCAACCUCAGGGUGAUCAUUUGCCAACUCCUCCGCCAAUACCGCCGGAGAUACAAGAUGCAUUGGAUAAGAUUGCUGCUGGUGGCGGACAUCCUGGAGAUGGUGGCGAUGGCGGUAACGGUUGUCCUAAUAAUGGUGGUAACGUCUGCAAUGGAGGAGGUGGAGGUGGUGGUGGAGGAGUACCAAAUAAUGGUUAUCUUUAUUAG